UUAGAGCCUCACACAAUAGGGAAAGGAUCAUAGAUGUUAAGAUGGGGAUUAUCACUUAUCUAUGUAUCUACACCUGUCUGAUAACAGGUACCCUCUGCACACAAAAUUGUGGCAAAAUCGACCUGCUAUUCGUUUUUGACACAUCCUGCUUUCAUCGCAAUGAAUUCAAGGAAUUGAAAGCAAUGGCAAUGCAAAUUGUGAACAACAUCGAAAUCGGAGACGACAAAGUCCGGGUUGGGGCAAUGACAUUUGCCAGACGAAUCAGCGUUAACUUCCAUCUCAAUAGAUAUUCGUCGUGGCAGAGUGUGUCCAAUGCAAUACGAUGGAUCAGACCACAGUUCGGGCCCGACUACCUCCACAAGGCCAUCAGAAAAGUUAACAGAAACAUGCUUCGAGCCUCAUCCGGAGACCGCCCUGAUGCUCGGAAUAUAAUUAUAUUUGUCACAAAUGCACUUACGCGAUCAAGAAGUAGUUUGAUCAUAAAUGAUGUUGACUCGUUGAAGGGAAACGGCGAGACUGAAAUAUAUGUUCUGUGCUUUGGCCCCAAAGCCAACUACCAAAUACUUCGCUACAUUGCCUCAGACCCUGAUAGCCAGUAUAUGCUCUGCGACCCUUCAGCCUCCUUCCUUCAGUUCGUCACCCAAUUCAAGGAACUUCUUUGUCCCACUGGCUGUGGUAGCUGCAGUGAGUGCCAGAAUGGUGGGGUGUGUGUUGCUGGCGAGUGUCAGUGUGCGAAUGGCUUUCGUGGCGAUUGCUGUGACACACCCCUGUGUGGAACGUGUCUUGAGUGUGUCAACAACGGAACGUGCAUUAAUAAUGCAUGUGCCUGUCCCUGGUUUGUAACCGGCGUCUGUUGUGAAACAGAUGAACGGUGCCCGGUGAUGUAAACUCUUCCGAUCUGGAAAAGCCAGCUGUGGUGUGAUGUGGCACUUGCAUAGAUGCAAAUAAAUGCAAAAUAGCC